UUUUUUUGCUUGUCAAAACAUGUGUUCGAUCAGCUGAGAUUUUAUAUGGGAUUACAACAACACAAAGGUAUCCGGAUACCCUUGGAUCGGUACGUGAACGCAGCCAAUGCUGUCAAAAAAAAAUUAAAGUUAUAAAUUAUACAAAUUGUAUUAAAAAAUAAAUACAUAAAAUAAAAUCUCUAUAAAAAAACACAAACUAAAAACUAAUAUGAGUAACCCACAAGAUGAACUAUGCCCUCCACCAACAGAAGACGAUGAGCUUACUUUACCGAGAGCUAGCAUAUACAAAAUUAUAAAAGAACUUGUUCCUUCGAUUCGAGUUGCCAACGAAAGCCGAGAAUUAAUACUAAAUUGCUGCACAGAAUUUAUUCAUCUAAUAAGUUCAGAAGCGAACGAAGUUUGCAAUCAGCGAAACAAGAAAACCAUCAAUGCAGAUCAUGUCUUAGAGGCCCUGGACCGCCUUGGUUUUAGAGAUUACAAACACGAAGCUGAAGCUGUUUUAAAUGAUUGCAAAGAAGUUGCAGCCAAACGAAGACGACAAAGCACCAGACUUGAACACUUGGGCAUUCCAGAAGAAGAGCUUCUGAGACAGCAGCAAGAACUAUUUGCUAAAGCAAGGGAGGAACAGGCGAGAGAGGAACAAGCACAGUGGAUGAGUUUGCAGGCAACAGCAGUGCAACAUAGUGCUGAAUUGAUGCACAAACAAAUGAAAGCUGCCCAAGGAACUCCAGAAGAUGAUGACGACGAUGAUGAUUACUAAGCAAUUGAAUUUUCUAUUUUAAUAAAAUAAACUAAUAUUCCUUUUUAUGUACAUAAUAA